CCCAGCCACCAUGGACUGGCAGCCGGACGAGCAGGGCCUGCAGCAGGUCCUGCAGCUGCUGAAGGACUCGCAGUCCCCCAACACGGCCACGCAGCGUGUCGUGCAGGACAAGCUGAAGCAGCUGAACCAAUUCCCCGACUUCAACAACUACCUGAUCUUUGUGCUGACACGGCUCAAGUCCGAAGAUGAGCCGACGCGGUCGCUCAGCGGCCUGAUCCUGAAGAACAAUGUCAAGGCGCACUACCAGAGCUUCCCCCAGCCCGUGGCCGAGUUCAUCAAGCAGGAGUGUCUCAACAACAUCGGGGAUGCGUCCUCCCUCAUCCGGGCCACCAUCGGCAUCCUCAUCACCACCAUCGCCUCCAAGGGAGAGCUGCAGAUGUGGCCGGAGCUGCUGCCGCAGCUCUGCAACCUACUCAACUCGGAGGACUACAACACGUGCGAGGGGGCGUUCGGGGCCCUGCAGAAGAUCUGCGAAGAUUCCUCUGAGCUCCUGGACAGCGACGCGCUCAACCGGCCGCUCAACGUCAUGAUCCCCAAGUUCCUCCAGUUCUUCAAGCACUGCAGCCCCAAGAUCAGGUCCCACGCCAUCGCCUGCGUCAACCAGUUCAUCAUGGACCGGGCUCAGGCACUGAUGGAGAACAUCGACACCUUCAUCGAGCACCUCUUCGCUCUGGCGGUGGACGAGGACCCCGAGGUGCGGAAGAACGUGUGCCGCGCGCUGGUGAUGCUGCUGGAGGUCCGCAUCGACCGCCUCAUCCCCCACAUGCACAGCAUCAUCCAGUACAUGUUGCAGCGGACGCAGGACAGCGACGAGAACGUGGCGCUGGAGGCCUGCGAGUUCUGGCUGACGCUGGCCGAGCAGCCCAUCUGCAAGGAGGUGCUGACCUCCCACCUGGUGCAGCUCAUCCCCAUCCUGGUGAAUGGCAUGAAGUACUCGGAGAUCGACAUCAUCCUGCUCAAGGGUGACGUGGAGGAGGACGAGGCCAUUCCCGACAGUGAGCAGGACAUCAAGCCCCGCUUCCACAAGUCCCGCACAGUGACGCUGCAGCACGAGGAGGAGCGGCCGCAGGACCCUGAUGAUGCGGAAGACGAGGAUGACGACGACACGCUGUCGGACUGGAACCUGAGGAAGUGCUCGGCUGCCGCGCUAGACGUCCUGGCCAACGUCUUCCGGGAAGAGCUGCUCCCCCACCUCCUCCCGCUGCUCAAGGAGCUCCUCUUCCACCCCGAGUGGGUCAUCAAGGAGUCGGGCAUCCUCGUCCUGGGAGCCAUCGCGGAAGGCUGCAUGCAGGGCAUGGUGCCCUACCUGCCGGAGCUGAUCCCCCACCUCAUCCAAUGCCUGUCGGACAAGAAGGCGCUGGUGCGCUCCAUCGCCUGCUGGACCCUGAGCCGCUAUGCCCACUGGGUGGUCAGCCAGCCCCCUGACAUGUACCUGAAGCCCCUCAUGACCGAGCUGCUCAAGCGCAUCCUCGACAGCAACAAGCGGGUGCAGGAGGCGGCGUGCAGCGCCUUCGCCACGCUGGAGGAGGAGGCCUGCACGGAGCUGGUGCCGUACCUCAGCUUCAUCCUGGACACGCUGGUCUUCGCCUUCGGCAAGUACCAGCACAAGAACCUCCUGAUCCUCUACGACGCCAUCGGGACCCUCGCCGAUUCCGUGGGGCACCACCUCAACCAGCCAGAGUACAUCCAGAAGCUGAUGCCUCCGCUGAUCCAGAAGUGGAACGAGCUGAAGGACGAGGACAAGGACCUCUUCCCGCUGCUGGAGUGCCUGUCCUCGGUGGCCACCGCCCUGCAGAGCGGCUUCCUGCCCUACUGCGAGCCCGUCUACCAGCGCUGCGUCACCCUGGUCCAGAAGACGCUGGCUCAGGCCAUGAUGUACAACCAGCACCCCGAGCAGUACGAGGCCCCCGACAAGGACUUCAUGAUCGUGGCCCUGGACCUGCUGAGCGGUUUGGCCGAGGGUCUCGGCUGUCACGUGGAGCAGCUGGUGGCUCGCAGCAACAUCAUGACGCUGCUCUUCCAGUGCAUGCAGGACACCAUGCCGGAGGUGCGGCAGAGCUCCUUCGCCCUCCUGGGUGACCUCACCAAGGCCUGCUUCGUGCACGUCAAGCCCUGCAUCGCCGAGUUCAUGCCCAUCCUGGGCACCAACCUCAACCCCGAGUUCAUCUCCGUCUGCAACAACGCGACCUGGGCCAUCGGGGAGAUCUGCAUGCAGAUGGGGGCAGAGAUGCAGCCCUACGUCCAGAUGGUCCUGAACAACCUGGUGGAGAUCAUCAACCGCCCCAACACCCCCAAAACCCUCCUGGAGAACACGGCCAUCACCAUCGGGCGCCUGGGCUUCGUCUGCCCGCAGGAGGUGGCCCCCAUGCUGCAGCAAUUCAUCCGUCCCUGGUGCACGUCCCUUCGUAACAUCCGGGACAACGAGGAGAAGGACUCGGCUUUCCGCGGCAUCUGCGUGAUGAUCGGGGUGAACCCCGGAGGGGUUGUGCAGGACUUCAUAUUCUUCUGCGACGCCGUCGCAUCCUGGGUGAGCCCCAAGGACGACCUGCGGGACAUGUUCUAUAAGAUCCUCCAUGGCUUCAAGGACCAGGUGGGCGAGGAAAACUGGCAGCAGUUUUCGGAGCAGUUCCCGCCCCUGCUCAAGGACCGGCUGGCGGCGUUUUAUGGGGUCUAGGCCAGGCGGAGGCACCGGAACCAGGUCGGCGCCGGGAGGCCGUCGGGACGGCGGCCGUGAGCG